AUGAAGGCGACACCGAUGCUGCCAUAUCCAUCGUCGACGGCAAAGCAUAGGCGUACACUGUCGGCCGUCCCGUCCUCGGGCCUGAUCGCAUCUUACCUCCCGCGUCGACUGCAAUACCUGCUCAUUCUCCUCGUGCUUCCGACCUGCUUUUGGCUCCUCUAUUCGGACUCGGGAGAUGAUGUGGGUUUGCGGAGAAUAUCCGCGAGCAGCUUCGUUCGCGGUGGCGACCCGCCGAACUACUAUGAGUGGUACGAGCAAGAGAAGGGCAUGCCGCAGAACAACCCGGACCUCCCACCACCUCAAGGAAGAGAAGGAAGGUAUCUGAGGUUCAAGAACCACCUAACAACCGUAGGAUGGGGUAACUCUAUGCAAGAGAUGAUUGCGAACCAUCAUCUAGCAUAUCGCACGAACAGAAUAUAUGUGAUGUACAACUACACUUGGGACAAACACGCUGAAGGCGACUACUCUCAAUUCGGUGAUCACAAGAUCCCGGCGCGCAUCCCCAUCUCAGCGCUCGUUUCAGGCCCACUCGGCGGAGGAGAUUAUCCGGCGGGUGACUGGCGUCCACCAGCGGUGACGGUAGAGUUCUUCGAGCUCGUCUGUCCGCAUCCGACAAUCGUACACGUUGACAACACAAAGUCGGCCUUCUCAGAAGCUACCGCUGCUGCGAUCUUCGACGCAUUCGUAGCCAAGUUGAACGCGAUUGAGGACAACUGCGUCGAGCUACAAGAGAAUACCGGUCAGGUUCUUGACUUCUGGAUAUUCGGCUCGGGAGCGCGCAUGGCGGAUGCCUGGCCGCAACUACUCGCCUCACCCGUCCUGACUGGUUGGGAGUGGUCCCCCCUUGUCACAUCAAUCCUGAUGCAAAACCGCGCUGCAAUCCAUCCUGCGAUCAAACUGUCCGAUGCACGGCAACGGGCAGAAUUGAAAGGUCUGCUCGCACUGCACCUGCGGAGAGGAGACUUCAAGGAUCAUUGCGAGAACCUCGCAAACUGGCGAAGUGAAUACAACGCCUUCAACGUGCGACCUGACUUCCCUGAUCAGUUACAAGCACCGCCGGGUGGUGGUGGCGGGGCCCACACGGACGAGACCCUUCAAUGGUACAUCGACCAUUGCUUUCCAGGCAUCCCGCAGAUCGUGAGGCGCGUCAAGGAGCUUCGUGCGGACGCAAACAGCCAGGGGCGUACUCUGGACAGAAUAUACAUACUCACCAACGGAGAAAGAGAAUGGAUCAAGGAGCUGAAGGUGGCGUUGGGGGAGGCGGGGGAGUGGAAGAGUAUUGCAGCGAGUCGUGAUUUGGAGAUCGACUGGGAGCAGGAGUUUGUCAAGCAGGCAGCGGAUAUGCUCAUCGCGACUAGAGCAGAGAUCUUUGUGGGUAACGCGUGGUCGAGCCUGAGCUCCAAUGUCAACCUCCUUCGGAUGUCACAGAAGCACGCGCCAGAAACGUCGCGUUUCUGGUGA